CUCCCUUUCUCUUUCUCUUCAUCGCUCAGUUUGUGUAAAUACAAUCGAGCAUACACUUACCACCUACACCACACGACACCUCCCACAAUGAAGUCCGCUCUCUACCUGACUGCGGCGCUCGCCGUCGCUUCGGGCGCUCAAGCCGGAGUACACCGUAUGAAGCUCAACAAGAUCGAAACCAAGGACGCCGUCUCGUUGACCAAGCCCGCCUACUCGAUCCCUCCCGAGCUCGAAGCCGCCUGGUUGGGGUACAAGCACUCGAUCGAAAAGGUCAAGGGCAGCAAGGAGGACCACGAGGCCUUUUGGAAGACGGUCGCUGAAGAGGUCGAGGCUGGGUUGGAAGGGUUGAAGCCUUGGAAGCGGGACGAGGGAGAGAUGAUCGCUCAGAGGGGACAUGGGGUUCCUUUGAGUGACUACUCGAACUUGCAGUACUAUGCUCCGAUCACCCUCGGUAACCCUCCUCAGCCUUUCAAGGUCGUCCUCGACACUGGUUCUUCCAACCUCUGGGUCCCCGGAAAGGCUUGCUCGAGCAUCGCUUGUUUCCUUCACGCCAAGUACGACUCGUCCGCCUCCAAGUCUUACAAGUCGAACGGUACCGAAUUCGCCAUCCAGUACGGAUCCGGUAGCGUCGAAGGUUUCAUCUCGCGUGACGACCUCGGUAUCGCCGACCUGGUCGUCAAGAACCAGCUGUUCGGGGAGACCACCAAGGAACCCGGUCUCGCUUUCGCCUUUGGCAAGUUUGACGGCAUCCUCGGAUUGGCUUACGACAACAUCGCCGUCAACAAGAUCCCCCCUCCUUUCUACAACAUGAUCGACCAGAAGUUGUUGGACGAGCCCGUCUUCUCCUUCAGGCUCGGGUCGUCUGAAGAGGACGGUGGCGAGUGCAUCUUUGGAGGCGUCGACAAGGACGCGUUCGAGGGCAAGAUGGACUACGUCCCGCUCAGGAGGAAGGGAUACUGGGAGGUCGAGCUCGAGAAGAUCUCGUUCGGUGAGGAAGAGCUCGAGUUGGAAGGGACCGGAGCUGCGAUCGACACCGGUACCAGUUUGAUCGUCAUGCCCAGCGACAUCGCCGAGUUGUUGCACAAGCAGAUCGGAGCCACCAAGUCCUGGAACGGCCAAUACACCGUCGACUGCGCCACCGUCGACUCGCUCCCCGACUUCUCCUUGACGUUCAACGACAAGAAGUACACGCUCAAGGGUAGCGAGUACAUCUUGAACGCGGGAGGUACUUGUAUCUCGUCCUUUACCGGCAUGGACAUCCCUGCUCCGGUUGGACCCCUUUGGAUCGUUGGAGACACCUUCUUGAGGAAGUUCUACACCGUUUACGAUCUCGGCAAGAACGCCGUCGGGUUCGCCAAGGCCAAGUAGAAGACGACCUUCCGUUUUCGCCCUCAUCCACUCGAGAUUGUCGCAUCGCACAGAACAGGAUCUGGAUCCCAUCCGGACGUCUUUUUUCGAAUCACAAGUACAUUAUAUGAAUAAAGCAAAUUGAAAUCAGAUUGACAAGAGAAACUCGGAGACGACUCGCACGACCGUUAUGGCCUUGGACCGCUUAGCAAUUCGCCGUCUGGCGUUGUUAUUGCAUGCCGCUAUAACGGGAGUGCAGAGAGAAACCCCCUUUGUAUACCUUUCUUUUUACGCAUAGCGGUUCUCGAUGGCCGUUCUCUGUGUGUAUGCAUCGGAUUGAAUUGGAUACCCUUACAUCGA